GCCGAGGCUAAAGCCAGCCCACGGUAUUCGGACGUUGAUGGCAAGCAGUUGCUGAUCCGUUCAUAUCCUCGGUUUGCUAAUUUGCGUCUCACUAUAAGAUUCCCAUUUUCCACGAAUUAUUUCAAGAGAAGAGGUAUCAUGAGAACCUAACAAUGCCGAGCACAACUCUCCUCACAGCUGCCGGAUACGGCUCCGUUCUUAUUGCCAUCAAGCAUGCGCUUACUGGAAAACAAUUCCAAAGCCUGCGCCAGUUUCAGGAACUGCCAAACAUUGCGUACACAUGCAGCACGGUUGGCUGGUACCAAGGGAGCGCCUACCUUAUCCUAACCGGGCUGCUUAAUCUCCACUGGGCGCAGAACCCUAAAGCGUUGGGGGAGCCAGUGAGCCGUGCCAUGGCUGCCCUGCUGGUUAUCAUUGCUUGGUCUAGCUCUGCUUGGUAUCUUCGCCGGGGAAUUAAAGCGAGCGGGUUUCUCACGGCAGUUGCUGGUAUACUACAAGCCUACGCAGCACUUUACUGAUUCGCCCCUUUUCCCGAGUCUCGGGUACGCCUUAGCCAGACCUGGACGGUGGAAGAUGAAUUAUCGACGUUGAUAUCUUAAAUUGCAUACGACGACACUCCUGGAAAUCCUAGAGAUUUGUAAUGAAACUUCUUCUUGUCUGACAAAACAACGAUCAAAUGUCAAUUCACUCACUGGCAUGGCUAUUCUCGAGUCCCACCCCUACUUCCGGCUGAUAUGAUAGGACGACUCAUCAGUAUUUGAACUCCUCAACCAUGGCAAAAUUGCAGAGCUAGGCAUCCACUGCAUUUGAAGAGGCUUCACU